AUGACUUUAAGUUCUACAGUGGAUCAGAAGCAGCCUGUGCAUAUACCUAAGAAGCUGCUCAGUGAUAGUCGUGAGGCGUCUGCAAUUAACAUAGAUGAAAUCCAUGCUUUUUUGGAGGGGUCGGUUAAGGUGUCGGCGAGUAUCAAAGAGAUGCUUGGACAGUUGGCGGGGGAUCCUGUUUUGGCUAGUGGGGUGAAGUAUUAUGAUUAUACCAAGGCCGAACAUAGAGAGUUAGCCGUUAAGAAGAUUGCUAGGCUUGCGUUGUAUUUGGAGAACGAUGUGAAGCAGACACGGAAGGUGUACCAUAAGGAUUUGAUUCGGGAUAUUCAGUCGCCUGAUGCUCCUUUAAUGACGAUUCAGGAUAUGGAGUUGUUUGAGAGGAGGUUUUCGCUGAUUGCUUUGAUCGACCCGCAGGUGGCUACUAGGUUUGGAGUUAAUGUGAGUUUGUUUGGCAACUGUGUAAAGGGUAACGGUACUGACGAGCAGAUCAAGUAUUGGUUGCAGGAACGUGGUUUGUUGCUAGGUAAGGGUAUCUAUGGGUGUUUUGCUAUGACUGAGCUUGGCCAUGGGUCCGAUGUGGCUAAUUUGCAGACUUUGGCUACUUAUGAUAAGGAGACCGAUACUUUUAAGAUCACCACGCCAGAUUUGGUUGCUACCAAAUGGUGGAUUGGUGGUGCGGCGCACAGUGCCACACAUGCUACUGUUUAUGCUCGGUUGAUUGUGGAGGGGAAGGACUAUGGUGUCAAGACGUUUGUUGUUCCCUUGAGAGAUCCUAAGACUAUGGAAGUUCUUCCAAGUAUUUCGAUCGGUGAUAUUGGUUCCAAGAUGGGUCGUGAUGGUAUUGAUAACGGUUGGAUUCAAUUCCAUGGGGUUGUUAUUCCUCGUGAAUACAUGUUGAGUAGAUUUACAAAGGUUAUUCCCGGGAAUCCGCCAAAGGUGGAUCUGGAGCCAUUGUUGGACUCUGUUUCUGGUUAUACGGCUCUCUUAGCUGGGCGUGUUGGUAUGGUUAUGGACUCAUACAGGUUUGGGUCUCGGUUCAGCACAAUUGCUACUCGUUAUGCUGUUUGCAGACAGCAAUUUGGUGAGUUUAACAAUGAGACUCAGUUGAUCGAAUAUCCAUUGCACCAAUACCGUGUGAUACCCCAGAUUGCUAUUUCUUACUUGAUUGCUCCAGCAGCAAUGAAAUUAUCACGGACCUACGGUAAUGUUUUGAACGAUUUGUAUGCCGCAGGCGACGAUAAGAAACGUUUGAUUACUGUAAGUGCUAAGUUGAAGGAUUUGUUUAUUGAAUCUGCUAGUUUGAAAGCUACCAACACUUGGUUGGUAGCUACGUUGAUCGAUGAAUUAAGACAAUCUUGUGGUGGCCACGGUUACUCCAGUUACAACGGUUUCGGUAAAGGUUACAAUGACUGGGUGGUUCAGUGCACAUGGGAAGGUGACAACAACGUCUUGUGUUUGACUUCAGGUAAGUCCAUCUUGAAGAAGUUUGGGGAUAUCGCUAAAGGUAAAGAGGUGGUCAACUACGAUCCAUCUCUGUCAUAUUUGAAGACCGAUUUUGUCCAGAAAGUCGUUUUCAGUUCCACCAAGAGCAUUGGUAACUUGGCCAAUCUGGAUGAUUACCGUGAUAUCUGGGCUGUUGCUCUCAUUAAAUACUUGAAGUACUGUGGUGAGAUUGUCCGCAAGAAUAAAGACCCCAACUCAAUUUCCAAAGCCUUGGUCAGUAUCGCUAAGUUCCACGCCUUCCACUCUAUGCUCCAGGAGUUCCACAGAAAGUUGUCUUCUGACACAGAUAGCUGUGUCUCCGACGAAUCUACUAAAGAGGUCUUGUGGAUGGUCUACAAGUUAUUCUCGGUUUACUUCAUCGACAAAUUCAGCGGCGAGUUCCUACAAUUGAAGGUCUUCUCUCCAGAUCAAAUGACCUCCAUCAUCCAGCCGCAACUCUUGUCCUUGCUCCCAGAAGUAAAGACCCACGCUGUCAGACUAACAGAUGCUUUCCAACUACCAGAUAUCAUCAUCAACUCGCCAAUUGGGUACUACGAUGGAGAUGUCUACCAUAACUACUUCAACGAUGUGACUAAAGUCGCCGCUGAAGAUUCCACCCCCGGUGCACCCCCUUACACAGAACGUCUCACCUCGUUCUUGGGCCGUGGCUUCGAAUUUGACCGUCUGGGUGGCAUUAAUGAUCAAGUCUUCAAGAAGUUGGGUAAAUGA